CUCAUGCGCCUCCGACUUACCAUCUCGUGUUCCAAAAGGAAGAGAAGUUUAGCGUGAAGCACCACUCCAUUUUCAUCGGUCCACUGAACCGAAGAAUUGAAGAAUCGGAAUGAGGCGAAGGCCUGGAAUCGGAGGUCUGCAGAACGCCGCUGCUGCUAGGGAUCAAUAUCGGCUGCUCGGAGAAAAUGUGGCGAAAUUACGGACCGAUCUCAUGAAAGAGCAGCUCGCUACUUUUCGUUCGCAGCUAGAAGACUUCGCCCGCAAACAUAAGAAUGACAUCCGCAAGAACCCAGCGUUCCGAUCGCAAUUUCAUGAGAUGUGUGCCAAAGUUGGAGUGGAUCCUCUGGCAUCAAACAAGGGUUUUUGGGCUGAGUUGUUGGGCAUUGGGGACUUCUAUUACGAACUUGGAGUGCAAAUUGUUGAUAUUUGCUUAGCCACUAGACCUCACAAUGGAGGUUUGAUCAGCCUGGAAGAAUUAUGUAAACUGCUUGGGCAAAGGAGGAGGGGAGCUCGUGAGGCUGUCUCUCAGGAUGAUUGUUUGCGCGCCAUAAGUAAGCUGAAGGUACUUGGUAAUGGUUUUGAGGUGAUUUCUAUCGGUAAAAAGAAGCUUGUUAGAUCUGUUCCAACGGAAUUGAACAAAGACCACAAUGAAAUAUUAGAGCUUGCACAGGUUCAAGGCUUUGUGACAGUUGAUGAAGUUCAGAGACGGCUCUCUUGGUCUUCUGGACGUGCAACAGAUGCCCUUGAGACUUUAUUAGAAGAAGGCCUUGCCAUGAUCGAUGAUGGUCACAAGGAUGGUAAGCGCCGGUAUUGGUUUCCCUGCGUAUCGUCCGUCUCCUCAUACACAGGAACAGAUGCUGCUUAAGGUUUCUUCAUCUCGAUAUCUUGUGUUAUUGUGCAUAAACAUAUGAUGUCUUGAAAUCGACUGUCAUAAAAUACAUUUGCACGUUUCAGUUUUGAUUUUAUCAGCAAUGUCUGCGGGAAAUAUUACUUUCGACUAUCCUUAUAAUCAGCAAGGUUACUCUUUGUAUGUUGAUUUAGUAAAUGAAUUAAGCUUCCUCUUUCA